AUGGGGGACGUUGACAUGGCCAAGUGGAGGUGCGGCCUCAUGAGCCUGAAAUGCACGUGGGCGGACCACCUCGUCGACGCCGUCUUCACGUUGAACAUCGUGCCUGAACGUGUGCGAGUCGAGGCGGUGCGAGAUCAUGUCGGCGACCCCAAGGACGGCGUCGAAAUCUUUCCGCUGCGCGACACGGCCGAAAUUCCCUCGAGCGACGAGUCGAUGGACGGUGCCCAUGAUUUCCUUGGUGCGGACAGCGGCGCAGACUUUGGCCCUCAGGCGCUGGACAUUCCAGAUUACGAUACAGACAUGGCUAUGGAUCUUGUCGUUCGUGCUGACGGCGGCGAUGGCACCCUUCCUGCUCCGCUGCCAGAGUCGCCAGAGCAGCGGCCAGAACCUAAAGGUCCUGAUGAGGAGGGCGUCGGCAUGGCCAACUGCCCGGAGGUAAACAUACGUUUAGACGGGCCCCCAGAAGGUUUCAAGAAAGAAAGGAUCCCCAUGAUUCCAUUCAUGUUAUGCAUCACUGGUACUAAGAAGCAAAGCGAUCUAUCGGGGAACCCACGUGAGCUUUAUUCAAUCUUGGCGGGCGAGCCUCCAGUUCCGAAGAAGCAACGUUGCGACGAUAACUUGGAUGUUGGGGUCGUCUGCUUGCGCGACUCCCCGCCAGAGCUGGGUGGCAAAGGGAAAGAGCCCAGUGGCAAUCCGUUUUCAUUUCAGCCACUUCCAGCACCGCCGCGUCAGACGGCAUGGGGUAGCUCUAUCCCUACGCCGACGCUGGCGGAGCCAGCAGGGAUGCAGUCGCAGCCGCCCUUCAGUGAUGCGGAGGAGCUUAACUGGGGCAAGGCCCAGGCCGAGGCACCAGCGCCUCCGCCAGAGGACGAGCGCAAGGGGCAGGCCAUGGGACUCGCAGAUGCAACGUUGAGGGCCUGGCGGCGCGAGGAGGAAGCAGUUCAGCGCUGCCCCGACCUCUACUGCGCGGAGGUCCUUCCUUGCCCGGGGCUGCGGUGCCCCGAGCCGCCGGCGCGCCCGGCUCUGCAGUGCCCGGCGGCGCCGGAGGUGCACUGCCCCGCCUGCUGCUCGGACGAGCGGGGGGCGCCGCCGCGGGCCGCUGGCAACGCGAGCUCGCCGGAGGGGGGCCCUCCUCAGGCCGCGCCUCGGCGCGCCCCGCUAGCCUCCGCGCUGGAGGGCUCGGCAGCGGCGGGGAGCGUGGCGGGGUGGCUCACCGGCGCCGCCGUGGAGCUGCUGGGAGGCAGCCUGGGGGUGUUCUGCUACGCCGUGCUGGUGGUCGCGGGCUCUUGGCGGGUACUCCAGCGGCAGCGAUUGAAGUUGUGGCCACCACGCCCGCCCGAUGGUGACGUGUACUGCGAGACGUAUGGAGGCAUAGACCACAACAUCGCGGCCGUGCGCUGGAGUGAUGUACGCCGGCAUCCUCCUCCAGGUGUGCCGCGGGAUUCGUAUCGGUUCAGGGGGGAGAUCACCCCAGCGGAGAGCAUGGAGUUCCAACGGCUGGCGAGGAUAGCGGCUCGGGACGAGUUCGUGGCCAGAGAUCGUCGUCAUGGUGGGCCAGGCGUGGAGCCCGCUGGAGGCGCGCUGCUGCCGCUGGCCGCCGAUGCGAGGGAGACGGCGGGCCGCUCCCAGUCGGGGGCGGAGGUCCGCUGCGGGCGGCCGCUGCAGCGGGUGUCGGCGCUGGUGCUGGACUUGCGGCGGGAGGAGCGGGGAUGCCGAGCCUGGGGGGCGCUGGCCUGUAUCAGAGCGGCCCCUGGUCCUCGCGGGCCGGCAGCUGUGCUGGUGCGGCGCAUGAAGUACGGCGAAGUGUCGAGGUACCUGCGGGUGGAGUUCAACGACGACGCGCGCGUGCUGCCGGUGGAGCUGCUGGGCGACAGGCGGCAGAGGCUGACCUGGCGGCACGCGGUGGAGCGGCCCUCGGUGACGCCCUUCGCCGACUGGCCUAUCUGGGGGCCGCUGACUGUGGAGUGGGUGAUGAGGUUCCUUGACCGACGAGGGGGUGGGCCUGGCGAUCAUCAUGCUUGGUGGCGUCAGGUCAAUCGGCUCCAGCGCGGGGACUGGGGCGUUGACAUCCACGAGAACGGUUCGCGCGCGCUGGAGACGGCCGCGAGCUACGACAACCUGGAGCUGGCCAACCCUGCGAGCCUGGAGGUGACCGCUCGGGAGUGCCAGCUCGUGGAGUACGCCUACUCCCGCGAGCCCAUCGGAGGGCCCGUGGCCGAGUCGGGCGACAAGAACGGCAAGAAGGACCAGAAGGGCAAGGGCCGCCCCCGCGCGGGCCUGCUCGACGAGAGCGACGUCUUCAUGGGGCGGCACCGCGAGGCGGCGAUAGACACGGCCACUGACGAGCUCGUUGACGCCCUGAACGACAUAUACAGGGCCCCCCGCGGCGGGUCUCCCCGCCGGGCUUCGAGACCGACGUUGGCGCAAAGACUCGCCCUGGAUCACCUGCGGCAACGCGUGGUGGACCUGGGGCCGCCUCCCGAGGACCUCGACGGACCAGGAGCCUUCGACGAGCUCCGGUCCAAGCUGGCCUACGACGGCUCGUCGUCCAGGCUGGGCCCUCUUCGUGUGGACCUACUUGACCUGCCUCCUCCUGGUUUUCACCCUGUGACGCACAGCGAGGCGGCGGGCCCUGCAGGCGAGUUGAUCGAGAAGAGGCUUCUAGAUAAGUUGUUGAAGCGGCUGCGCGCCGCGAACCUGCUCGUCUUCAGGUUCAGUGUUCGUCGUCGGGUAGGAUGCUUCAGCGUGUGGAAGAAGUCGGGCGCCCAGCGGCUGGUGAUUGAUGCCAGGAUCCCGAACUGCUUCUUCGAGGAACCCGACCCUGUGCAGCUGGCGAGCGGGGCGUGCUUCGCCAACCUCCAGUUGGACGCGGGACCCCCGCUGGUGCUGGGCGGCGCCGACAUCAAGGUGGCCUUCUACGCCAUCGCGAUGCCCGAGGAGCUGCGGGACCUUUUCGGCUUCGAGCCCAUCAAGGCGUGGGAGCUCGGGGUGACGCACGCGGGCGGGGAGGCCGUGAAGCCGGGCGACCGCGUCUUCCCGGUGAUCGCGGUGCUGCCCAUGGGCUGGGUGCUGGCGCUGCAGGCCUGCCAGUCCUUGCACGAGCUGCUGGCGCGUCGCGAGCCCGACGUGGGCGAGCACAACGCGCUGGCGGAUGGGCGACCGCCUCCUGGGCUCGAGCCGAUCGUCCACACGGAGUACGUGGACAACUUCGCGUGCUUCGGGAGGGACCCCGCAGUCGUGAGGGACGUCGUCGCGCGGGUGCGUGGGCGCCUGGUCGCCGCGGGGCUCCCAAUGCACGAGGCCGAGGUGAGCGUCGGCGGCGAUGCCCUCGGCUGGCACUUCACCGAGGGCGGCCGCUGCUCGAUGUCGCUGCGCACGGCGUGGCGGCUUCGGCUGGCGCUCUUGCACGUCGUGAAGCUGGGCCGGGCGAGCGGGCGCGAGAUGUCAGCGCUGCUUGGCCACUUCACCACGCAGGGGCUGAUCCGCCGCGAGGUGUUCUCGGCACCCCAGGCUUGCUUCGCCUUCGCUCAGCAAUUCAAGUCUGGGCGAGGCCAGCUCUGGCCCUCAGUGUAUCGGGAGCUUCGCUGGAUGGCCUCGCUCGUCUUCGUCGCUGCUCGAGAGCUGGACGCCCCCUGGCGUUCAAAAGUUCACGUCUUCGAUGCGUCGGAGUGGGGGUGCGGGGUGAUUGGUAAGACGAUCGACACGAGGGACGUGGUGGUUUCGAUCGGGCACCUCCUGUUCCGGAGCACGUCUGGGGGGGAGACUGGUGCCGAGUCGCUUCCUUCCGAUGGGCCUCUGGAGAUCACCAAGUUCACCUCGAAUCUCGAUCGGACUUCCUCGUCUCACAGCAAGCGUCACCUCAUCCUCGGAGAUGCCAUGACCGUGAUCCUUUCGCGGACCAAGGGCCGAGGCGCUUCUUUCGGGCUCUGCCGCGCCCUUCGGCGGUCUGCCGCCCUUGUGCUGGCCGCCAACCUGCGCCCCGCGUGGCGAUGGCUGCCCUCUGAGUGGAACGCGGCCGACGCGGCCUCGCGCAAACGCCGGAGCACCUGCGCUGGAGGCUGGAGCCCGAGGGACCUCGUCCGCGGGCACGGCGUCGACGACGGCCGCGACGAGCUCGCCGGGGACCUACGCUUCCACGGGCGCGUUCCCACGGCCCGCCGGGCAGCCCACCCGCCAGCGCCACGGGCGAGAGGCGCCCCAGGCCAGCGGACCGUGCUGGAGCGUCGGUCCGUGUCCGCGUGGCAGGAGAGCGAGGACCGGGACCAGUGCGACAGGUUCCUGACUUGGGCGAAGCAGCAACGGCUCAGGACGAGCCGCCUGAAGGAUCUAGAGGCGACCUUGGUGGAGAUGCUGAAUCAGAUGUUCUACGACGGCUGGAGGUCCAACACCGCCUCCAAGAUGGUGGCAGCGGCGGCGUACUUCCGCCCCGAGGCAGGGCCGGGCUGCUCGAGCCUCUCGCGAGUGCAGCUGGCCCGCCGGGGCUUCUCCCGCCUCGACCCGCCGCAGGCCAGGCUGCCGCUACCGUGGGCCGCGGCCUGCCUGGUGGCGCGGCGGCUGGCGAAGGGCGGGAGUUGGCACAUGGCCGCCGCCGUCCUCUUCGCCUUCAUCCACUACUUGAGGCCAUGCGAGCUGCUCCGCCUACGGGAGUGCGACCUGGCGCCGCCUCCGCGACAGUCCCGCCAGCGAGGACGCAGGUGGAGCGUGAUCCUCCACCCCCAGGAGCUCGCCAUCACCUCGAAGACGGGCGCCCGCGACGAGACGGUGCUCGUCGACAACGUGGAGGAGUUCGCGUUCUUGGAGAGGCUCCUCGCCCGGCUGCGCGGCAGCGGCGGCGAGCAGCUCGUCUUCCCCUUCAGCUACCGCGAGUGGGCGAAGGGCUUCGAGGCGGCCUCAACCGCCGUCGGCCUGGUCGGGGAUUCGCUGCCGGUGCUCUACAUGCUGAGGCACGGGGGGGCCUCCCACGACGCCAUGACGGGCGCGCGGGGGCUCCGCGACAUUCAGGGUCGAUGUCGGUGGAUGACGGAGCGAUCCGUAGUCAGGCACAAGAAAGGAGGGCGAGCGGUGCGCCGCGCCGCCGACAGCGCCGUGCAGAACAUUUCCGUGUGGCUCCUGCGGAGCUGA